AUGGAUGAAGACAAAGACAAGGACAUGGUGUCUUAUUUGUUUGAAUUCAAGGCCUUACUUGACUCUGUAAUAGAAGAAAGCUUUUCCAAUAAUGAGGCAUUUUACAACACUAUUAAUGAUUCUUUUGAGCAUCUAAUUAACCUUCAUCAGAAUCGACCUGCUGAGCUAAUUGCAAAGUUUCUCGAUGAAAAGCUUCGUGCUGGUAAUAAGGGUACUUCUGAAGAGGAAUUAGAGGGUACACUCGAUAAAGUUUUGGUUUUAUUCAGGUUCAUCCAGGGCAAGGACGUCUUUGAAGCAUUCUAUAAGAAGGAUCUUGUUAAAAGACUGCUAAUAGGAAAGAGUGCUUCUAUUGAUACAGAGAAAUCCAUGAUUUCUAAGCUGAAGACAGAGUGUGGCAGCCAGUUUACAAACAAACUUGAAGGAAUGUUCAAGGAUAUUGAACUAUCAAAGGAAGAUAAAGUAUAA